AUGUCUACUUUUAGUGUAGUCAGUUUUUGUCACUCUGGAUUCCUCACAUACCUUGUGCUAUUCUCUUUUUACAUUUCAAUAGCGUCGUCAGUGAGCCUUGACUUGACUGAACUAAGAAACAAGGUUGCAAAGAUCAAAGUUCACCCAAGAGGAAAUUUAUGGGCAACAGGUCAUUUUAUGGGGAAGAAAAGUGUUGUGGACAGCGAACACUUGCCGACAGAGGAUGACGCCAUCGAGGCUGCACUGGUCGAACCCACGGACCUCUACCACGAGGCGCUGAAGAUCGCGCUUCAAACACACCUCGACUCGCAACAGAUCCGCCCCAAUAUUCCGGAGACUGCAUUAUUAAUGAAGAUAUUAGAAAGCUACAUCCAAGGCAACAGAAAAUGGUGAUGACAUGCAUCGACUGAGAUCUUCAAAGAGUUUAAUUUACAUGUAAUAUUUAAUUGCAUUUUCAUUAAUUGUAUUAACUAUAGUGUACAAAACGUCUAAAGGCCUCCCGGGGUAAAAGGAACUUUUGAUUUUAUUUUUUCCCAAAACACUAAAUAGCAACGAAAUCUACCACAGCACUUUCCUAAACACCUGUUUGUCACUAUACACUGCAAAAUAUUCCUGAACCAUGAGCUUAUUGCGAGUAGUGUCUAAAGUUUGAUUUUGAGGCAAUUUGAUCUAAUUUAAUUAAAAUGUUGCACAUUUAUGUACACUUAAAAUACUUAUUUGUCAUUUUCAGUUUUGUUCAAGGUCAUAUUUGUUUUUUUAAUUAUUUUAAAAUUAUUUUUUAACUAUCCAGUAAGUGAAAUGAAAGUAUUUGGGGUAAAAAGACCCACCAUAAAACACUUAACACUUAACACUUCUUAAGUGGGGGGAAUAGAUUUGUUCUGAAAAAUGUUCAAAGUGUGCUCACAUUGACUGAUCCAAUCUGAAUGGAGAUUAUUUUGUUUAUAGAAUACUAGAGAUGAUAUAAAAUGCCAAAUGUGUUUGAAAUUAACAGGAAAUUGUGCACACAUUAUUUUGAAUAGAAUUAUCUUUAUUUGUUACUCAAAAAUGCAUCUUGAUGUCUCAAAAGUAUUUGCAUUAAUUGACCAAUUUUGCCCAAUAACUUUUGUCCCUAUAUCUACAUGAUAUCACUAUAACCCCCCUCGGGGCCUUUUACUCCAAGUGUGGGGUAAAAGGCUCCCUCACCACUUUUUUAAAAAACUGAAUUUUAAUCAAAACACCCUUCUGUUAUAAUUUCUUUUCACACAAAUUAUGUUGCUCCAUCAAUAUUCAAUCAAAAGAAAUAAAUGUUUUCGGUCUGGAUACAUUUUGUGACCAGAAAAAAAAAAAAAAAAAAAGUGCUAAUUUUACUUAAGGUGUGCCUUUAGCCCCAUUGUA